UGACAGUCAGUCUGCAUACUACACGAGACAUGGUCGACCGGCAGAGAAAAGUGAAAACGAAAUCAAAAUCUUCUCAAGAUGCACCCGUCAAUCUCCAUCAGAUUGAUUCCCAGUUGGGAAUGCUCGGGGUUCUGUUGAUGCUGAUUUGUGGAGCAAUCUCGAGCUAUCUACUGAGCAAUCUUCCGAAUGCAUUGACACGAGCUGAUUUGGAAAACAACCCCGGUGCAUUCAUUGCCGAGCGAGCAUGGGAGAAUUUAAAGGUAUUGAACGAUUUUGGACCAAAACCGAUCGGUAGUGAAGCCAAUGAAAAGCUUGCGGCUAAUUACAUUAAGCGUGAAAUUGAGUUGAUCGAAGCCAGUAAGCACCCUAACCAGCAGCUACUCAUCGAACAUCAGUUGGUAACCGGUGGACAUUCGGUUGGUUUCAUGGGACAUCCAUUGACCAGUCUGUACAGGAAUCUGCAAAAUUUGGUGGUGAAAUUGGUGAGUGAGCAUGAUGACGGAACGAGUCCUGCGCUGUUGUUGAACUGCCACUUUGAUACGGUGGCCAGCAGCCCUGGAGCUAGCGAUGAUGGCGCCAGCUGCUGUGUCAUGUUGGAAAUCAUGAGAGUGUUGUCCAGAGAACCCAAGCGUAAUCGUCAUUCGAUAAUAUUCCUGUUCAAUGGUGCUGAAGAAACUUCGUUACAAGCGGCGCAUGGAUUUAUUACGCAACAUCCGUGGGCGAAACAAGUAGCUGCAUUCUUGAACUUGGAAUCGGCUGGAUCCGGGGGGAAAGAGAUUUUGUUUCAAAGCGGACCACAGCAUCCGUGGUUGAUUGAUUUGUAUGCACGAGCUAUCAGGCAUCCGUUCGCUCAUGCAGCUGCGGAGGAGGUUUUCCAGUCGGGAUUGAUUCCAUCCGAUACGGAUUUUAGAAUGUUUCGAGAUUUCGGACAGGUGCCCGGAAUGGAUUUUGCUCACGUUGCCGACGGAUAUCGAUAUCACACCAAGUUUGAUAACAUUGACUAUUUGUCUGUGGCAGUGCUGCAAAGGACUGGCGAUAAUAUCCUUUCCCUAACGAGAGAAAUGAUCAACAGUGAUGAACUGGCAAACAGCGGAAAAAAGGAAACAGCCACAGGAAACAGUGUCUUUUUUGACUAUUUGGGCUUGUUCUUUGUGUCGUACAGUGCAGGCACUGGACAGGUUGUCAACAUGCUAGUUUCUAUUCUAGCGGUUUUGUUUCCCCUCUAUGGAUUGAAGCGUGCUAUACCUAAUGGUGGAACUGCAGUUUAUAAGGAAACAAUUUAUGGAUUUUUAGCAACAGUUGGUGGUACGCUUGCAAGCAUCGUGACAAUACUUAUCAUUGGACACGAACUAGAUGCGCUAGGCUACGCGCUUUCGUGGUACUCCUCUCGUUAUCUUAUGUUGGGGCUUUAUUGCGAUCCGGCAUUGCUCUGCCAUUGCUUCUCCCAAAUGAUUGUCAACAAGCUGUUUGCUGAUAAGAAGACCCCUCUGAAUUUAUCUCAAAUCGUACAAUCCCGGCUAAUCGGAGUUAGUUUAUUUUGGUCAUUGCUGAUCAUUCCGUUAACACUGGCAGGAGUCCGAAGUACAUACAUCAUUAUGGUUGUUGCCUUGUUAUCACUCCUGUCAUCAUUAACCACCUCGGUGCUGGGUUAUCAUAAUACAACCACAAAAUGGCUUUUGCUGCACCUUGCCUUCCAGAUUUUCACAAUGCUCUGGGCUUCAAACUACUACCACACCUUUAUGCAGACCUUCAUCCCGAUAUCCGGACGAAUCGGUGGCACCAAGAACCCGGAAUUCUUUAUAGGAUUGAUUGCUGCCUUUUGCACUCUGCUCAUCAGUAGUUACAUAACGCCACUGAUUUCGCUACUGAAGAAGCCUUCCGAACUAAUGGCUCGAAUCAUUGCCAUCAUUCUCAUAACAUUAUUCUUAACAUGCUUUACUCCAGCCAGUUUCCCAUACCGGGAUGAUAGCGCUAAGACUCCAACCGUCCAAAGACACUACAUUACGCACACAUUAAGGCUUUAUCACGACGAACGGGGUCUAGUUCGAAACAGCGAUUCCGGAUUCCUAUUCCGAGAAAUGGAUCGUAAUUCUGAGCGAGUUAUACGUGACAUUGUGAUUCAAGAACCACUCGUUCGGAUGCGUGAAAUGAGCAGUUGCCAAACGGAAAUUUUCUGUGCCAUUCCAUUCUACUCCAUGUGGCAUCAAAUUCGGUUUGAUCAUUUUUGGCUUCCUGGCCCGGAACCCGUGGUGGAAAAAAUGGUAACCCUAUCCCUACUAGAAAGGAUGCAAAUUAGCAAACAUGUUCAGCGCUUAUUGUUUACCAUGGAAGGUGGCGUUCAAACCUCGCUAAUUAUCGGACCCAAGCCAGGUGUUAAGCUGGUGAAUUGGAACUUACUGGAGGAGCUUACUCCAGCAACUGAGUUCAAUGGUCAAAAAGGACACUUUGUGCUGAUAAACUAUGGUCUACCCGGAGCACCGUGGAACAUGACACUGGAUUUCGAACAUCAACAUCACGAUGGUGCGUUGGCAGAUAUUGCCGUUGUUACUACGUUUUGGGAGUACCAUGACCAACACACUCAGGAGUUUAAGGAUCUAAUAGGAAAAUUUCCUCCGUGGGCUCACGUGAUACCGUCGGUGGCAGCUAUGAAUGUGUAUGUGUUUUGAAAUAAAUAUUUAGUGUUUU